GAUCAGAUUCAUCAGAGGGCCACGUGGAGGUGUUCGCCCUCGGACAACUGGAGCUUUACAAGUGCCAGUGUCGUCUGUCGUCAGCUUGGCUUUCUCGGGGCGAUAGAAGCAGUGACCAGGGCUGCCUUUGGCGAGGGGUCUUCCGGGAUCGAGAUAUUACUGGACGAAGUGGCGUGCACAGGUGACGAAGAAACGAUAUUUGAUUGUCAACACGAUGGCCUAGGGGUUAACGACUGUCAGCAUAGUGAAGAUGCAGGAGCCCAGUGUGAACAAAAAGCUGUGACCACAACUGUUCAGGCCGCAACAACGGAAACAUCUUUGGUUCAAUCCACGAUUGAAAUGGGCACGACAGAUAUGGCAUUGGAAAAGGUGCGUGGUUCCUCGGUCCAGCUCACAACUGCGCAAACGGAAAAUGCCUUCGAUGAAUUUACACCUACUCAUGCCAGCGCUUCCCUCCACGAAUUUCCAAUUACCACGACAUUCACAACUGGUCCUGCUGGAGCCAAAGACGUCCAUGCAGUCGAGUCAACAACUACGAUAUCUGGACGUUCCUUUGAUACAUCUACAACCACGCCCUCUCGAAGUUCCUUGCUUGACUUUUCAACUUCGGGGGCUAUAGACUUCUCAGCAACAUCGGCAACUACCCAAAUCAGAAGUUCUCCUGUUGAAUCCACAACUAGUCAGGGCUCCUUUGUUACAUCCACAACGUCCCUGUCCAGGAGUUCCUCCAUAGAAUCAUGGAGGAAGGACCUUUCCUCCAUAAUAGAAUCUUCGAGUCACCCGACAUGGGUUGUGGCAGUCGAAACUACCACUACGAGCCAAGGCGGAGUUACCACAGCCACGAGGUUAAAAAUUACCACGCAGGAGGGUACAGCCGGGGGAUCAUCCCACACGGAAUCCAUGCUCACUACAUCUGAGAGUGCGAUUUCAUUAACGGACGCAACGAAAGGUGACCAUUCCAUCACAGAAUUCACAACUACCCGUGUAAGGUUGGCUGACUCAACAGUUGACACAACAAACGGGGCCCCGAAGAUUGAACAGUCUACAACUAGUUCUGCUACUUCCCAACUGCGCUUAGUCACUACAACCCCUUACACGGGCAAAACAGGACAUCUGGACACAAUGACCAAGAUGACUAAAGUGACCACGCUGGAACCACAUACCACACCAGGCCUUCGUCAUUCAAAGGCAGGGUAAAAAUUAUCCACAUCAACGGGAUGGUGGCAGAAUUCACAGAUGGUCUCCGGAACCAGUCGUCAGAGGAAUUUCAAGCUUUAGCAAGUGA